ACACACACAGAGAGAGAAGAGGAGCUGCAGCAGCUAGAACGCCCCUUAGGCUCUUAGGGCUGAAAACACUCCCAUUUGUCGUCUCGGAGUGGACCUCAGAAGCGCACAUUCUCACACACACAGAGUGAGGGAGGGAGUUGUCUGGUCAAACCUGUUGCAGCCACAGACUAAUAUCACCCACCCUGAACCAACACUUCCCACACACACACACACAGAGACAGAGAGACAGCGAGAGAGAUAGAGAGAGUGAGGGUCAGAAGAAGACUCUCCCAGUCGACAAAGCCCUUCCUUGGUUAAGCCUCAGUGAGCCGCCAGUGAGCCACUGGCCCUUAGCAACACGAUCCAGAGGAUCUGCUCUGCUGCUCUACUCUGCGUCUCCACUCCCCUGCCACCCCUGUGGAGAGUUUGAAGAAGAAGAAAAAAAAACACAGAAGAAAGAAAGAAACUGGGGGAGCGGGGGAGGUAGACGCCUACACAGAGAAGAGAAAAGCUUGAAACAGCUGCAGAGAACCAACGGAGAGGAGGGCAGCAAAUAGAAAUCAGACGAGGGGAGAAAAAGGGUCAUAAAAAUCAGUGGAAAAGAGGCGGUUGAAGAGACUAUAGUGGAGCGAGGUUCGAGAGCGAGAGCCAAGCUGCAGCCAGUGACCAAAGCCAGUGGAAUGGACCUCGACGUCGGUCAGAUUAACCCACGCCUGCCCACCGUGCAUUCCGAGGAGGAAAGCUGAACCAACUGACCUCCACCCCCAAAAACUCAAUGAGGAUGAAGCUAACAACAUGAGCUGAGCUAACAACACGACAAUAUGCUGAGCUAACACGUUCCUGUUUUUCUUCAGCAGUGUUACUGCCUGGGGUUAGCAUUAGCCGCUAGCUGACUGGCAGUAGAAGAGGAGGAGAGCCGGGGGCCACCGAGCACCGCUGGUGUUGCUGCCCAGGAGAGGCAGGGCAGUGCAGGAGAGGACCAGAGGGACGACGAGAGGGCGGUGGGGGAGGGAGAGGUGGCGGUGGUGGGCGGGCAGCGGCACAUGGCCGUGCAGCGGCUGGUGACGGCAGCGGUGGCGGUGGCCCUGCUGUCCCUGGUCCUCAACAACGUGGCGGCCUUCACCCCCAGCUGGGUGCUGCAGGCCCUGGAGGAUGGACGCAAGCGCAGCGUGGGGCUGUGGAGGAUGUGUCCCGUCAUGACUGGAGGAGAGAGAGGCCGGGAUGAACACGAUGUUGGGGGGUCCAAUAGGAGAGGUCAGGGGUCUCAGAGGCCGUGUGAGGGCCUGGGCUGGGGCUCGGAGUAUGCAGGCUACCAAGAGUCCCGCAGCACCGUCAAAUUGCAGUUUGACAUGAUGCGAGCGUGUAACCUGAUGGCUACGGUGGCACUGACGGCCGGGCAGCUCAUCUUCCUGCUGGGCCUGAUGGAGCUGCCCUUCGUCACCCAGGACUCCCAGUGGUGGGAGGAGGCCAUCGCCGCGCUGUUCCAGUUGGCCAGUUUUGUGCUGGUGAUCGGCUUGGUGACGUUCUACCGGAUUGGCCCGUACACACACCUGUCCUACUCGUGCUACGUGGACAUCGCCGCCUGCUUAUUGGCCACGCUCGCGGCUGCCAUGCUCAUCUGGAACAUCCUGCAUCGCCGCGACGACUGCCUCACACCCCGGGUCAUUGUCAUCAGCCGCUCGCUGGCGUCGAACUUCCACCCACGCCUCGACAAUGACUAUGUGGAGUCACCCUGCUGAGCCCCCCGAGCCCUGACUCUUGAACCUAACAGGGUGAAGAAUAGACAAUGCUCUGACAGUCUCUGCAUAUUUUCACCCAAACAGGUGCCUCAAUUAUUUACUCUACAGAAGACACAUGUUUUGUUGUGGCUCUACCAGUGCUGGACUAACAUGAUUUCACUGUUGUAUAGUUCUACAUCUCCGAACUUCAUGGCUUCAUCAUUUACAAUGACCAGUGGAACUCAAAUUUUUCCCUGGACUGAGUAACACUCCUUGAUGCAAGGAUCGUGUCUCCAUAAAACAUCCAGCUAACACAAAAAAAAUAUGAAUGAUACACAACAUGGCCAAAAGUAUGUGGACACCUGCUCGUUGAACAUCUCAUUCAAAAAUCAUGGGCAUUAAUAUUGAGUUGAUCCCUCUUUUGCUGCUAUUACAGGCUCCACUCUUCUGGGAAGGCUUUCCACUAGAUGUUGGAACAUUGCUGCGGGGACUUGCUUCCAUUCAGCCACAAGAGCAUUAGUGAGGUUGGGCACUGAUGUUGGCCUGGCAAUUAGGCCUGG